UGUCUCUGAAGCGAUUAGACGUAUUCACAGACUCUGCACUAUUUCUUGCUUUUUCUGCUAUCCCUGGGUUCAUUUAGCGACUUUGAUAUGCAUCAGAGAAGCUAUUCAGGUCACGAUCCUCCCAGACGAGGCGUGUCUCCACUCAACAGAUACCAGGACCCCAGACGCGUGUGUCCCGGGAACAGACAUCAGGACCCCAGACGAGGUAUCUCAGCCCUAUACUGUCAGGAAGAGGGCACCUAUAUGGGGAAUCUGUCACGGGACAGGCUUUUUCCAAAUGGAGCUGGACGUUACGCCAUGAACAGAACUUGGACGCGACCAUCAGCCCAGGAAGCCGAUGUUCAGAGGAUCAACUUGAGAGGAUUGUCUCCCCUGAAUCGGCCCGAGCGUACAGCACCAAGCAGACGUGGCGUUUCUCCCCUGAAUCUCGAGAAUGGAAACCAAGUCUCUGGACAAGAUGCCACCCUGAACAACGCUGUGGCGAUCAAGCCAAAUCCCGUUGACAGGAGUCAUGAGAAUGGAGAUCACGUGACUCCCAGCAUCAAGCCUGAAACAAACAGGGACUCUCUCUCGGCCUACAUCGGGAUUCGCCAGCCUCGCUUCAAGCCUCCUAAACUUAACCUUGGCAUCAAGUCGUCCACAAAUAAUCAGAAUGUGCCGACACCAAAGAAGGAGACUGCCACAGUUCCUUGCGCAUCAACCUCUGAAGCCAACAAGUCAGGACCGGUGAAAGUUAUCUCCCCUGGCAGUAAGGCGGAGUCACUGAACCUGGCAGAUAUCGUGGCGCCAGAGAUGCUGGAGUCGGCUAAACACGCCCAGUCUCCCCUCGAGCUGAAACACCUGCGCAUGAUGAGUGAGUUCAUACAGAGCGUUCGCCGGGGUGAUGCUGAACUAAAACCUCUUCCGUCAUCUUCAGAGGAGUCAGCAUCCGAGGACCAGCCUCCAACUGUUAAGACAGUUACUCCAACCCACACAAAGAAGGCUGUAGACGCGUCCACCGUGGCUCUGCCAGAGACUGAGUCGGAUAGUGACACCGAUGUAUCCCGCUCCACCUCCUCCUCAAGCACAUCCUGCUCAGCCUCCAAAAUCCCGAACUCUCAUGAGGAGAAAGAAAAAACCAAACAAGCCACUGCAUGUGCUGAUCAGGUAAACUUCACAUGA